GUUCAAAUCACCUGCCCUGGGUGGGCAGGCUCAGGCACUGGCCUUGGAGGAAGGAAUACUCCUGAGCCAGCACCUAUGUGUCGUUCACCUUUGCACCUGGCACCCAGCAGGUGGCGCUCAGAGAUCCCGGGCCAGGGAAACUUGAGAACCGCAGCUCCAAGUCGCCAGUGCUGACGGCUUCCGCUCCGGGAGCCCCAGGUGCUACUGUCCGAACUCACUUGGUGGAAACAGACAUUCACCGGAAAGCCUGGGGUCGGCGCUGGGCAUUCCUACCGCUCCAAUACCGCGUAGCUGAAAGGACUCGCUCUCUCCAAGGAGUCCGUGAGCUUCCGCAGCCCCGGGUCCACCCCUUUCGCUACGCGGGACGGGGCAGUUGUGUAAAGCGAGCCCAGGUCUCCGCGUCCAGCCUGGCCUCGGGCCCCCAGGCCUCUCCGGACUGCCGGCAUGGCGGCGCCGCUGGUGACCGGUUCGGCGGUGGUCGUGGCGCAUCCGCGGCUACUCACCCAGGGCGGCUCGGCCGAGGGCCCGACAGUCGAGGCCCGGAGCGGGCGGCCCGGCCCGGCCCCUGCUCCUCGGCACUUUAACCGGCGGCGUCGGCGCCCCGCGCGCUCUCCGCGUCCGGAAGGGGGACGCGGCCGUUCCCGCCCGGUCUGCCCCGGGGCUGCAACCGGGACGCCAGGCUAGCCAGGCUCGGGCGGGGAGCGCGCGGCCCGAGGGCUGGGGCGGCGAGACACCUGGCUCACUGCACGCACGUGUGCGCGGGGGCCGGCGCGCGCCACGGCUCCCCGAGCUCCGCCUAAGCGGAGACGGCCCACCCCUCCGACCCCUGCGGGCAGGGGCCGGCGGGCCCGCCCUCUGUCCGGGUGGCGGGGCUGGGCCGGUGCUGCGAGAGGCGGAGCCAAGAAGGGGCGGCCCCGGGGCGCUGGGAUAAGAGCGCAGCGUGCGGCCGGCCGGGGUCCCGCGCGGUGUCCCCGCGAUGUCGCUCGUCCUGCUGAGCCUGGCCGCCCUGUGCAGGAGCGCCGUACCCCGAGAGCCGACCAUUCAGUGUGGCUCUGAAACUGGGCCAUCUCCAGAGUGGAUGCUACAACAUGAUCUAACCCCUGGAGACUUGAAGGACCUCCAAGUGGAAACUGUUAAAACGAAUGUUGCAACAGGGGACUAUUCAAUUUUGAUGAAUAUAAGCUGGGUACUCCGGGCAGAUGCCAGCAUCCGCUUGUUGAAGGCCACCAAGAUAUGUGUGACGGGCAAAAGCAACUUCCAGUCCUACAGCUGUGUGAGGUGCAAUUACACAGAGGCCUUCCAGACUCAGACCAGACCCUCUGGCGGCAAAUGGACAUUUUCCUACAUAGGCUUCCCUGUGGAGCUGAACACAGUCUAUUUCAUUGGAGCCCAUAAUAUUCCUAAUGCAAAUAUGAAUGAAGAUGGCCCUUCCAUGUCUGUGAAUUUCACCUCACCAGGCUGCUUAGACCACAUAAUGAAAUAUAAAAAGAAGUGUGUCAAGGCUGGAAGCCUGUGGGCUCCGAACAUCACUGCUUGUAAGAAGAAUGAGACAGUAGAAGUGAACUUCACAACCAGCCCCCUUGGAAACAGAUACAUGGCUCUUAUCCAACACAGCACCGUCAUUGGGUUUUCUCAGGUGUUAGAGCCAUACCAGAACGAACAAACGCGAGCUUCAGUGGUGAUUCCAGUGACCGGGGAAAGUGAAGGCGCUGUGGUGCAGCUGACUCCGUAUUUUCCUACUUGUGGCACCGACUGCAUCCGACACAAAGGAAAGGUGGUGCUCUGCCCACAGACAGGCGUCCCUUUCCCUCUGGAUAACAACAGAAGCAACCUGGAAGGCUGGCUGCCUCUCCUCCUGCCAUCUCUGCUGGUGGCCACAUGGGUGCUGGCGGCAGGGAUCUAUCUAAUGUGGAGGCACGAAAGGAUCAAGAAGACUUCCUUUUCCACCACCACAUUACUGCCGCCCAUUAAGGUUCUCGUGGUUUACCCAUCUGAAAUAUGUUUCCAUCACACAGUUUGUCACUUCACUGAGUUUCUUCAAAACCAGUGCAGAAGUGAGGUCAUCCUUGAAAAGUGGCAGAAAAAGAAAAUAGCAGAGAUGGGUCCAGUGCAGUGGCUUGCCGCUCAAAAGGCGGCAGUGGACAAAGUCAUCUUCCUUCUUUCCAAUGACAUCAACAGUGUGUGUGAUGGUACCUGUGACAAGAGUGAGGGCAGCCCCAGUGAAAACUCUCAAGACCUCUUCCCCCUUGCCUUUAACCUUUUCUGCAGUGAUUUAAGAAGCCAGACUCAUCUGCACAAAUAUGUGGUGGUCUACUUUACAGAGACUGAUACCAAAGACGAUUAUGAUGCUCUCAGUGUCUGCCCCAAGUACCACCUCAUGAAGGAUACCACUGCUUUCUGUGCAGAACUUCUCCAUGUCAAGCAGGUGUCAAUGGGAAAAAGAUCACAAGCCUGCUACAACGGCUGCUGCUCCUUGUAGUGUACCCAUGAGAAGCAAGAGACCUUAAAAGCUUCCUAUCCCACCAAUUACAGGGAAAAAAAAGUGUCUGUGAUGAUCCUGAGGCUCACUCUACAGCCUACAAAUAGCCUUAAAACAUUUUAUGCCAAUAAAAUUGUUUCAAAUAUUGCUAA